AUGAAUGAAGGCUAUUAUAAUGAUUAAGAUAAAUAUAAAGAUCUAAAAAAUAACCUUGAUGGAAGGAUCAUUUAUAUCGAGCCUUAAUUGUAUUUAGAAAAUUUGAGAGAAUUUAAUGAGAGAAAUCCUACCUACGGAGUGACAGUGGAUUAUCGAUUUUUGAAGACAAUCUAAUAGUGUGACUUUUUGGAAAGCUCCUAAUUGCAAUUUUUCAUCAAUUUAUUCAGAAAAGCAUAUCCAUAAGUCAAAUUAGCUGCUGCCACAUGUCAUUUUUUUGCUGACUUUAUAGUAUCAUUAUAGAUACCUGUAUCAUAAUAAUAAUUAAAUCAGACUAAUUCAACAGGCUAUUAAAGCCAAAAAUUAUAAGAAAGUUUGGUUCAACCUCAAUAAAAAAUAAGCGAAGAAUAUAUAGAAUCCCAUGUCAUGAAUAAAAGUAUCCUAGAUAAUUAGUAAAACAUAAAUAUAUCCACUCAAAGUAAUAAUUCCAUCAUUACAAACAAAUCCAACACCAACGAUUCCAACCUAUCUGUAUAAAAGCCAACGGCUUCUGCGAAUAAUUUCAAAGGUUAAUAUGCUCAAUCUCAAAUCAUACCUAAAACUACAAAAGAUAAUAAUGUUGAUUAUCUUUCAUAAUCCUUAAUUUAAAAUAAUAAUAUUGCAAAUAACAAACCUCAAUCAUAAUUAUUUUAGGCAAAUAGAGAUGUAUAAGCUCCUCAACAAGUAUAAGUUAAUUAAACAAUAAAUCCAUUAUCAUAAAUAUAAAUAGAUAAUUAACCAAAUCAAUAGAAUUCAAAUAUUAGUGAUUCUUAAUCUAUUCCCUACUAAGCCCCACUCAGUGGAUAAUAAAACCCAAUUAAUGUGAAUGAUUAAAUACAAAGUCCAAUUGGAUCAUAAAUCAUAUCACAUUAAUUUAUAGACUCAAACGUCGGUUCAAUUAAUGAAACUUAAGAAAAGCCUCAACUAAAUUAAGAAUAAUUUCAAAAUGCUUAAUCAAUAAUAUAUCCUCAGAACAACUAAUAAGUACCUUCUGCAUAGGCUUAGGUUGAGCAAUAAUAAGCAUAACCUCCUCCUGAAAAAAAAUUCUUUUUUCAGAUUACUAAUAUGACUAUAUAAAAACCAGCUUAAUAAGAUAAUAUUAAUAAAUCAUAUCUUCCUUCAUUAAUAAAAUAAUUGGCUGAAAUGAAUAACUUAACAGAAGAGCAAUUAAAGGAUUAAGAUUAUUGGUAUUUUCCCAUAAAUUAGCUCUAAUCUCAUUGGAUUAGCGUGGUGAUCAAUUUUAAAAAAAAGGAGAUAUUUUACUUUGAUUCGUAUUAUAAAAAAACAGAUCCUGUUAUCCUAUAAGGAAUAAAUUCUAUAUUAGAGCACUUUAAAAUUAAUCCUUAAAAUUUCUAGGUAAGACCAGUAUAUAAUUAAUAAAUCAAUGGUUAUGAUUGCGGAGUUUUCAUAUUGCUUUCCCUUCUAUACACUUUAUAAUAGAAAACUUAUAAUUACACUUAAAGUGUUGCAACCUAAUUUAGAAAGGGUGUUCUCUAUAAUUUGGCUGUUAUAGGGGCUUAAUAGGAUAUUGAUCAAGUAUAUCUGGAAUUUAUAGUCGAUCAACAUUGA